GCAGUUCAGUUUGCUCUCAUCGCAAUCAGCUAAAGGUUUUGAAUAUCUCUGAACUAUGAAACUGUUGAUUUUGGUUUUCGUGUUUGUCGCUUUUGUGGCCAACGCCUUGGCCCUGAAAAAUGCAAUCUGUGGUCUACCCCAUUCCCUAAACGGAGAUGGCAGAAUAUCCUGUGAGGCCUAUAUACCCAGUUGGUCCUACGACGCCGAUCGAAACGAGUGCGUCAAAUUUAUCUACGGAGGCUGCGGAGGCAAUAACAAUAGAUUUAAUUCGAGGGAAAUCUGUGAAGACAAGUGUUUGCAAUAAAAUUACGUGAAUCAAAAAUUG